ACUAGGACAGGAGAACAUGUAUUCAGAUAUCUAUUUAGAAUUCCAAAAUUUAUGAAAUAUGAUUACAUAUGUGAGAUUAGCUUUUAUAGCUCUUUAUUUGGCUGAAGCAGGGACAAAAGAUAUCAACAUUAAAAUCGUACCAGAACAUGUUUACCUUGAUUCAAGAGAUGUUAAUAUAUCAUGCGAGUUCAAUUCUAAUUUGGUUAAAACUCCACAGUGGAUAACUAUAAGAAGAAAUGGUCUGUUCCUAUUACAUGACGUCGUUAUUGCUACUGGUAAUAAAACAGAGCUGGGCGAGUUUUUUCGUGACAGUAAAUACAGAUCCAGGAUGGAGAUAAAUGGAAGUGUGGCUGACCAACGUGUAAAUGUUAUGAUGAGAACCAUGGAAUGUGAAGAUGAAGCACACUAUGAGUGCGUUGUUGGUGGUCACAAUGACAAUGGGUCACUGCAAAUGUUUUCAGAUUCGUAUUCUUUAGUUGUUAAUUCUCAUUCGGAAAGACCAACAAUAACAGUAAACGGAUCAUCGGUUCUUAAUAAGACAUUCAUAGGGGUAAAGGCAGGUGAAGAAGUUCAUAUAGAAUGUGAUGCUUAUGUUGGUAAACCGCCUAUAACUAUGCACUGGUACAAAUAUGAUGCAAACAAUGGUUCUUAUAUCACUGAAAGAAACAUGACAGGCAAACCUUCACGAAGAUUGCCGAUUGGAAACUUUUGCAAUUAUUACACAACAUUUCCUUUAGGAUUUAUUGCCUCCCUUAGUACACCGGAAGUCAGACUUAGAUGUGCAGUAGGAAAUGAACAAGAAGACGUGAUUAUAAAUGUUUCGACCUGAAUCGGUGCUUUAUAAUAUUAAACCACAAACAAUU